AUGGAUCUUCUGUGGUUAAUUCUUUCAAUGACGAGUUUAACGUUGCAGUUUGUGGAAUCCAGAAGUAAAUGCUACAGUUGUGCGUCCGCAAACAUGAAAACGGAUUUCAUCACAAAAGAAAGAGGGCCACCGAACCGGAAACAGGAGCCGUUGACCUUUGACAAUAACUGCGACGAGGAUCCGUGGAUUAUCAAGCAACGAUCCACAGUCGCUUGUGAGACGAAGUGUUUCAAAUGGCAGCAACUGCUUAAUAAUUCAGGUUCUUUCUCAAUGAUGACGUUUCGUGGUUGUUACGACACGAUGUUUGAUAUGUCGAAUCCGUCAACGUUAGCAAUUCCUGACCACAACUUUUGCACUGCGGGAGAGGUUCAACUCUCCUGUCUUUCGGAUGCUUCCGUUAUUGAGCAUUCGUGUUGGUGCGAUGGAGACUAUUGUAAUUCUGUGAAUAGAAUAUCUUUUAUAUUUUCGACAUUAGUUGUUUCUCUGUUGAUAAAGAUAAUGCAAAUAUAUUUCCUUGGAUUGAUCCUGCCACUGGCACUCGCCAAGGUUGAAUCUGAUGGCGGGAAUAUUGCAUUGAAUUUCAACUCGGAUGUGUUGAUGCGGGCAAUGGGUGUCCCUGUUUGCGUACGCAAAUGUAUAGAUCCGUUCCUGGAUGAGGUGUCAGUCCUCUGGCAAAUGCGAGCCAUUGUUCAAAACGCGAAACCAUUGUGUCGAAGUCAUACACAAGCUUUGGAGUGUCUCAAAAGAUCUCCGUCAUGUGAUACACACAAGUUGUUCAAGACCGCUAGUAGUACAGUAGAGAAGAUGUGCGGUGAACGGGCACCUCUUUUCGAGAAAGUUCGUCCCUGUUUGGAAAAGUAUGGGGAUAUUCCAGCUCAGGUAUGCGAUGCCAAGUGCCAUGGACGUGCAAACCUCACCGCCUUCGUAAAUCAUCCUGCUAUAGUGAGAGCGGCGAAGAUGGGUGGUAAUAUCGUAGCCGUUACCGAUCACCUUGGAGGCCUGUGCAGCUCUCUCCAUUGUGAACUUCCAUGUGUAACCCUUGAGUUGAAUAAGGUGUGCCCUCUAAGCGGUUGGCUUAUGCUGGAUAUCCUUCUCCAACCACUUGAUGCAGUUGCUAACUUGCUCCUGGAUGCAUCACCCACUCUCAAAGAUUACCUCGAAAAGAAAAUGGAUAAGCGAUGCCACUUCACCCUUCAGAAAAGAGUAAUGAAAAUAACUUGGAAAGAAUUGUUGUUUCUAUUUUCUUCACUAACUACGACUCACUGUGAAGUUAUUCAGCAACCAGUGGACGUGCACUCGUCACCACUAGAUUCUUCUGGAAAAUCUAAUUUGGAGCAGCCAUCUUUUUGGUUUCAUGGGACUGAGUUCGCUAAUGAACCUCCGCCAUGUCACACUGCAUGCACCGCUCCUGUGGUUGAGGUCCUAACAGUGUUUUUCCGAUCAGAAAAUUUCAAUGAAAGUAUGCAUAGGGCUUGUAAUUCUUACCACGAAGCAUUAGCUUGUAUGAAGUUACACAACCACUGUGGUACGGACUCAGUGUUUGAGUCGUUAACAAGUGGAUUGAAAUAUAUGUGUAGAGAACAGGUUGAAGCUUUCACAGCUCUUGCGGAUUGUAUAGACGAAAAUAGCGCACGUGUUAAAAGAGACUGCGAUCAUCACUGCCAUUCAAACUCUUUGGUCACUGGCCUUGCAUUGAAGGAUACUGUAAUGACACAGUUGGAUCACCCGAUUGUCAGCAAAAAUGUAAACAUGCGAAGGAUCAUUGAGCCACAUAUGAGCAGGUUCUUCCUCAGCGAAGGGUGCAGGAUAGGAGAAUGUCUUAUGAAAUGUAUGCGAACAAAAUAUAAUAUGCUAUGUGAAGGUACAGCUGGAUCAAUUUUGCUGGAAAUGUUGACUCGGCCGCUAUCAGCUGGAAGAGGUUCCACGCCGUCUUUCCCUUCCACCGCUCAUCUGACGUCAUUCUUAGGUGGUUUCCUGCCUCGUUCCUGCGGCUACUUAACUACUCCACGCAAAGGGCACAAUGAUUUUCGAAUCGAUCCUGAACUCGACAAAGAGAUCAAAAGGAUGUAUUCAGAUAAAAAUAGACCUGUAGGCGUGCCUUUACAAAGUUCAUUAUCUGAACCUGUGAUGAUCGAAAAUCCGUUUCUGGAGGUGUCAAACCUUUUUCAUCGGGUUUCUCCUAUUGAUACUAUGGCAGCACCGGAACUAGGGGUUUUAGGAAAUGGAGAUGUAUGGGAAGAAGAGUCGAAAAAGGAGCUGAAACAGUUAAAAGAAUCAUCCGCUAGUGGAGUUGAAGAAUCAUCCGGUAGUGGAAUUGAAGAAUCAUCCGGUAGUGGAGUUGAGGAAUCAUCCGGUAGUGGAGUUGAAGAAUCAUCCGGUAGUGGAGUUGAAGAAUCAUCCGGUAGUGGAGUUGAAGAAUCAUCCGGUAAUGACGAAGAGAAUGCAUCUGGUAGCGGAGAGGAGGAUCUAUCUGGUAGCGGCAAUGACCUCGUACAAAGUCACACAUUAACCAAUAGAGCCUCUCAACCUAUGGUGAAUGCCAAACACGAGACAGAAUUGUUAUUUAUGGUUGAUGAAUCCAAGAAGCUACCUUCUUAUCCGGUUAAAGCUGGAACCAAGUACAAAGUCCAUACUAUAGCAGACGCAAAAGUGGAAGCACUUCAGGCGAACUCGUCUGUUACAUCGUCCCAUAAAAAUGAACAGUAG